AUGAUCAUCGCCAUGCUGCUGACCUUUGCAGGCAUAUACAUGGCCGUCUCGAAUGGACGACGGAGGGGCUGGACGUCGCACAAUAUUAUAAUGGUUCUGGCGCCCGUCACCCUCUUGGUUGGGCAGGUAAUCGAGCUUUGGUUCUGCAUUGACUGGUAUCAGUUGUGGGGCCAUCCAAACUUUGCGCACAUCACCAAAGUGUUCUGGUUCCUUGGAAGCACUGCACUCACCGUGGUGCAGCGCAAUCGGAUCGAGUUCAUUCUGAUCGCAACUAACAGACCUCGGCAUUGGGACAAGGCUAUCGUCGGUGCGCUCGUCAGCCAUUGUUUGCUGUUUGCCAGCACGUCGAUGGUAGCGUUUCUCAUCGGCACGACGCAUGGCCCACAGGCCGUACCUUUCCACUACUCAAUUCCCAUCGUCCUCGUGUUCGUCCUCGUCGGGGUAGUCGACACCGCACUAAGCGUCGCCACCGUAAACAUCUGCGCCAACUACGACGCGAUGAUACGGGCCUUGGGAAAAUCCUCCUCCACGUCCGUAUCCAGUCGGCAAGUCCAGAAAACCGCGCGGGCCAUCCGAUUCCCAGCCAUAUGCCAAUUGAUCGCCGACGGCACGUUUUCCUGUCUCUACUUGAUCGGAGCUUCCGGCCAGGUAGGUUACACCCUGAGCCAAAUGUCCGUGCUGGGCCCGCCUCUACAAUACCUGUUCCUCCUGUUCUCCUUGGAAUGCCUGAAACGGGCCCAAACGCAUUCCGGGAAAAAUACGGCGUCAAAUUAUGCCCAGAGCCUAGCAACCGCUUCGCAGACUGGGGAUCUCCUGCCUUCGGACGGAAAGGACCCGGCGGCGGCGCCGCUGCAGCCACGGCUUCCGAUCGUCCGGCUUUCAUAG